UUCUCGCAAAAGUCUUUAGCGUUGUGGUUUGUGGACUGUUAUCUAACUUUUGGGACAACUAGAACCUUCUCAUUGGAAAUGCUGAUACACUUAAUAUUUUUGUCGUUAUAUGUAAUAUGAAUUUACCGUUUUAAAGACUCCUCUCCCUGACAUUCAAACCAUUAAUAAGGGGCGUCAGACCGUACAGUAUGAGGUAAAUGACGGGGGUCUACCUUGCCAGGGCUUGUCUUUUUAUGCUGGUUUUGGAUUCUUCAAAUGCUGCAUGUGACUGAAGGAAGCGCCAAGGAAUGUGAGUGUCCAUCUGCCAGCAUUUUGUCUCACUUUCCAUCUGAGGUACCCAGUGACACUUGCUGCUUGAACUACUCAGGAUCCACAUUCAACCAGGUUCCCUGGGGAGCUUUUUUGUCACAUACACACCUGCAGGUUUUAGACCUCACUAACUGUAAUAUCAGUCACAUUGAUCACAGUGAAGUCGGUGAUGCUGUCAGUUCAUUGAGAGAGCUGUAUCUUAGCCAGAACAGACUGACCUCACUUCCAACUGACUUCCUAAAUAAAUCCUAUAGUUUAGAAGUACUGGAUCUGGGAGAGAAUCAUCUGAAACAUCUGCCCGAGCACUUUCUGCAGAGCUCGGAUAAACUGCGAGUGCUGAUUCUAGAAUGGAACCAGCUGAGCGCUCUACCUCAUUCAGCACUUAAGCCUUCGCUUGAGCAUCUGGAGCUCGUCGGAAACCCUUGGGCCUGCACAUGCUCGCUAUGGGAAGGUCUUCAAGGUGUUCUGCACGACAACUCCAGCAGCCUUCAGGACCUUGUAGGUAAUCUGUCCUGUGCCGCUCCUCAGAAUCUCGCAGGACAGUUGGUUUGGUCUUUGCAGACUGGUGACGUGUGUCAUUUGGCCAGCCUGACCGCUCUCUUCAUCCUGCUUCCCCUGUUCCUCCUCCUCAGUUUGGUGCUCUGCUGGUGCUGUGGGAGGAAGAAGAAGAGGAAAGAGAGCUCAUCGUUCAGCCCAACUCGCAAAAGACCCAACAACUCUCAUUGCAAUGGACGGUGGCCACAUGCCAAACUGCAUACUGGGGAAUCAGCAGUGGCUGUAGACGGUGGAAAGGAGGUCAUACUGAGGAACCAGCUGAUGCUUCAGCCCUCAUCUAACUUGUUAGACAGCACUCGGGAUAUUUAUGAGGAGGUGGAGAUCAAACUGGGUUCUGUGGACUCGCUGGGCCCUCCGCCGUCAACUUGCUCCACGGAAGGGACGGCGGGAAAGCAGGAUCUGGACACGGUGAGCGUGAGUGAAGUGAUGAAGGACUCAGCUGAUCGGGAGAAGGCGUACCUGACCCAGUCCACGGAAUAUUACAGCCUGGUUCCCGGGAUUGAAAUUGAGGACUCCGAUCAUGGAGAGUAUGAGAGUGUGGACCUCUCAUGACAGUACAGGAAAUGGUGUUUGACUGACAAGUACACUGGAGUUUUGUGAAUAAGUCUGAAGGUGCGGGUCACAUUUAUCGUAAAUUUCACAGACAAAUCCAGUCAUUUCAAUAAGAAACAGCACGGAAGAAAAGAAGUUUUGCGUAAAGGUAAAACAGACUGCUCAUGUUCAAGCCGUUCGUUUCGCUAGAUAAGACCCUUAUUACUCGGCUGGGAUCGUGUAGAGCCCUUUGAAGCUGUAUUGAAACUGCAAUUUUGACCUUCAAACUGUUGGCCACCAUUGAAGUCCACUAUAUGGAGAAAAAUCCUGGAAUGUUUUCCUCAAAAACCCUAAUUUCUUUUCGAGUGAUGAAAGUCUUGGCAUGAAAUUUUUAUAAAUCCACACAGAAGAAAAAGGAGUUUUGCGUAAGGGCAAAACAGACCAACAGAAAGCUGCAUGGUUUGAAAGUGACAUCUGUGUGGGGACUGCACCUUCAGUCAGGACGUUUUCCCUUUGGCUGCAAAUGCAUAAUGAACGUUGGCGUUAAAGGAAGUUACUAACCCAAUGCGAAGCCAUUACUUUUGCAUACAACAUGAAUGAAUUACUGUACUGAUAAAGUAUCAAAUAGAGCUGUUUGCAGACUCAGUCUGUUGCCAAGAUAAGCUAUCAUAUAGCUGUCGCCUGGAUAUUUUCAUUAUAUUGAGAUUUUUAUAUCUUCGUCCUCUACUGUAAGACAGAAAGUUUUAAUAUUGUAAAAUUACUUUGUGUUUCACAUUCGGUAAUAGUGCUUAGUGUCAGUGUAAAAUGUAUUUGGUGUCACAUAUAACUUAUAUAUAUCAUCAUAAAGAGGAAAGGCAACAGUAGAGAGCAAGGGAACAUUAAACAGAACCACAGCGCAGCCUCUGGUCUUUAUCUUGAGUAAUCAAAUCUGCUGAAAUUGGACAUGUGAUGGACUAACAUUUCUCUCCUACACAGAAGUUUGGAGUGUUGCUGUUUAUGUAACUAUGUAAAUGUUGAAAACACUGACUGUUUAAUCAAUAUUAUCUAGCCUGUAUCCACAGCUGGCCGCAGCUGAUGUAAUCAUUUUGGCCUUGUUAAUAAUUAACACACUCUUAGGGAGUUAAAAUCAAAUAAACAGAAACAGCUAUACUAGUCAAAUGAAGUGGCUUUCGGAUAAGAUCAGGCUGACUUAGCAAGUAAAAUUUAACAUAAGCAGAUUUCAGUGGAAAGCCUAAAUAAAGCAGGAGAGGUUGAGUACAUCAUACAGAACAAACACUCAACUUUUACCUAUAAAAUAAUUUUUACUGUACUGUUAUUUGAAAUAAAGCUGAAAUUAAAUAAAGUAUAAACUUUAGAUGAAAAUGUAAACUUUAAAAGCUGAAAUAAAUAGGUUUAAAGGCACACAAAAAUGAAAAUUCUAUCAUUAAUUACUCACCCUCAUGUCGUUCCAAACACGUCAGACCAUCGUUCAUCUUCAGAACAUAAAUGAAGAUAUUUUUGAUGAUAUCCGAGAGCUUUCUGACCCUGCAAAGACAGCAACACAACUGACACGUUCAAGGCCUAGAAAGAUAGUUAGCACAUCGUAAUUUUAUGAAGCCACAAGAAUGUUUUUUGUGCGCAAAGAAAAAAGAAUGACUUUAUUUAACAAUUUCUUCCGUGUCAGUCUUCGACAGGCAUUCGUACCACAACGCAAAAUUUCAGUGAACUAAAUUGAAGUACUAAAAUUACUAACUAAAACUGAAAUAAAAAUGUUAAAAUAAAAAAGUAAUAUUAAAAACUAAUAAAGAUAAAAUUAAAAUGAAGACAGUCUGAUUUCUAACAAGGCCAGCAACAAAAUGGUCAGAAAAAGAGUGAUGGUCAAACAACACUGAACAAAACAGUUUUUGUGAUUUUGGGUACAUAUGAGCUACACUGGACUUUCUGUAUGAAUUUAUGAUGAUAACUUUGACAUUAUCAAACAAUCCUGAAAACGAGAAAUUAUAUUUCAUUCUUGGCUUCAAAUAAAAGCUUUUUCACACAA